AUGAAGACGGGAAACGGAAAGUUCACGUUUCUGCUCUUAGUACUUCUGGCCAUUCACGCCUCGUUGGCUUCACUAGAGGAAGCCCGCACGCCUGUCGUGAACCCGUCGCAGUAUGAAAUCUUUUUGCAAAGAAACGGAGAAGUUCCCGAAGACCAGAGGCGUCAGCACACCGCGGAGGGCAUUCUGGAUGCGGAGAGCAGCGAAGAGGUGGGCGGCCGGCGCGUUCUGGUGGAUACGGGAGUGAAGUUCGGUCUGUCGGCGCCGCCGCUUAACUCGGGGCCGAGCAUGGCGACGGUGAACAUGUCGUUCUACCGCUGGGAGAGCGUCACGCCGCCGCCCGUCGUCGACUGGCGGAAGACCGUCGCCAUGACGGCCAUCCAGACGCAGUUUGUGCCUAGACUCGUCGCUUCCUUUCCUCAAACCCCUUCCGCAGUGCUCAAGCUGCUGGGCGAUCUCGGCAGUCGAUUCCAUCGCCAUGAUGUGGGCGAUCGCCAACAACAGCACCGGGGCGACUCUGUCGCCGCAGCAGGUGUGCGACUGCGCGACGAAGCAGUGCUGCCAAGGCGGGUGGCCCGAGUGGGCCUUCUACUACCAUCGCACGUAGAACUGAGGCUUCCAGCAGUUAGCUGGAAGCCUUCCUGGUGA